GUGAGAUUAUUUAAGAAGAGAAGAAUAAAGAACUAAAAUUAUUUUUAAACUUUGGAUUAUAAGGAGAGAUACCAAUAUUUGGAAAAGGCUUGCGAUGGUGCUUAUCUGGAGAAAAGGUGUGGGAAUCCAGCGACUAGUGCUCUCGCUUCUUCUCCUCGCAUCCUGGGAGGCAGGGAGCGGCCAGCUCCACUACUCGAUCCCCGAGGAGGCCAAACACGGCACGUUCGUGGGCCGCAUCGCCCAGGACCUGGGGCUGGAGCUGGCGGAGCUGGUGCCGCGCCUGUUCCGGGUGGCGUCCAAGGACCGCGCGGACCUGCUGGAGGUAAACCUGCAGAAUGGCAUUUUGUUUGUGAAUUCUCGGAUCGACCGCGAGGAGCUGUGCGGGCGGAGCGCGGAGUGCAGCCUCCACUUGGAGGUGAUCGUGGACCGGCCGCUGCAGGUUUUCCAUGUGGAGGUGGAGGUGAAGGACAUUAAUGACAAUCCGCCGGUUUUUCCAAUGGCUGUAAAAAAAUUGUUUAUUUCUGAAUCCCGGCCGCCUGGCUCUCGGAUUCCGCUAGAGGGCGCAUCGGAUGCAGAUACUGGCGUGAAUUCACUGUUGACUUACAGUCUUAACUCUAAUGAAUAUUUCACCUUGGAUGUUAAAAAAAAUGAAGCCGAAAUUAAAUCUCUGGGGCUUGUGUUAAAAAAGGCUUUAAAUCGAGAGGACACUCCUGAGUACCACUUAGUAAUAACUGCAGUUGAUGGUGGAAAACCAGAACUCACGGGGACAACUCAGCUCAGGAUCACAGUUCUAGAUGUAAACGACAACGCCCCGGAGUUUGAGAGGACAGUUUACAAAGUCAGACUGUUUGAGAAUGCACCAAACGGUACUGUAGCGGUGAUGGUUAAUGCCUCUGACUUAGAUGAAGGCGUUAAUAAGGACAUUGUAUAUUCCUUCAAUACAGACAUGUCAGCGGAUACCCUGUCAAAAUUCCACUUAGACCCUGUGAGUGGAUAUAUCACUGUAAAGGGUAACAUAGAUUUCGAGGAAACUAAGUUAUAUGAGAUCCAGGUAGAAGCGACAGAUAAAGGAAAUCCUCCAAUGGCAGGUCACUGUACUGUUCUAGUGGAAGUUUUGGAUACUAAUGAUAAUGUCCCCGAGUUGGUUACCAAAUCACUAUCAUUACCUGUAUCAGAAGACGCCCCUCCAGGUACUGUUAUCGCCUUGAUCAGUGUCUCAGACCAUGACUCCGGUGCUAACGGACAAGUCACCUGCUCUCUAACACCCCAUGUUCCCUUCAAAUUGGUGUCCACCUUCAAAAACUACUAUUCCUUGGUGCUGGACAGCGCACUGGACCGUGAGAGUGUGUCCAACUACCAGGUGGUGGUGACCGCGCGCGACGGGGGCUCGCCCCCGCUGUGGGCCACCGCCAGCGUGGCUGUGGAAGUGUCGGACGUGAACGACAACGCGCCCACGUUCGCGCAGCUCGAGUACACGGUGUUCGUGAAGGAGAACAACGCGCCCGGCUGCCACAUCUUCACGGUGUCCGCGCGCGACGCCGACGCGCAGGAGAACGCGCGCGUGUCGUACUCGCUGGUGGAGCGGCGCGUGGGCGAGCGGCUGCUGUCGAGCUACGUGUCGGUGCACGCGGAGAGCGGCAAGGUGUUCGCGCUGCAGCCCCUGGACCACGAGGAGCUGGAGCUGCUGCGCUUCCAGGUGAGCGCGCGCGACGCGGGCGUGCCGCCGCUGGGCAGCAACGUGACGCUGCAGGUGUUCGUGCUGGACGACAACGACAACGCGCCCGCGCUGCUGCCCACGGGCGCGGGCGCGGGCGUGCUGGGGGCCGCGCGCAGCGAGCUGGUGGCGCGCUCGGUGGGCGCGGGCCACGUGGUGGCGAAGGUGCGCGCCGUGGACGCCGACUCGGGCUACAACGCAUGGCUGUCGUACGAGCUGGCGCCGGCGGCGGGCGGCGCGCGCAGCCCGUUCCGCGUGGGGCUGUACACGGGCGAGAUCAGCACGACGCGCGGCCUGGAUGAGGCGGACGCGGCGCGCCAGCGCCUGCUGGUGCUGGUGAAGGACCACGGCGAGCCGGCGCUCACGGCCACGGCCACCGUGCUGCUGUCGCUGGUGGAGAGCGGCCAGGCGCCCAAGGCGUCGUCGCGGGCGGCGUUGGCGGGCGCGGCGGCGGCGGGCGGCGGCGCGGCGCUGGUGGACGUGAACGUGUACCUGAUCGUGGCCAUCUGCGCCGUGUCCAGCCUGCUGGUGCUCACGCUGCUGCUGUACACGGCGCUGCGCUGCUCGUCGCCGGCCCGCGAGGCGGCGUGCGCGGCGGGGAAGCCGGCGCUGGUGCUGCCGAGCGCGGUGGGGAGUUGGUCGCACUCUCAGCAGAGGCGGCAGAGGUGUGCUCGGGGGAAGGGCCGCCCAAGACAGACCUCAUGGCCUUCAGCCCCAGCCUACCUCAGGGUCCAGUUGGUGGAGACGAAGGAGAGCAGCUAAAUGUGGAUGCCCAUUCUUCCCCCAAACCGCGGCAGCCCAACCCUGACUGGCGUUACUCUGCGUCCCUGAGAGCCGGCAUGCACAGCUCUGUGCACCUGGAGGAGGCUGGCAUUCUACGGGCUGGGCCGGGUGGCCCCGACCAGCAGUGGCCAACGGUCUC